GUUGAGCUGAUUCUUGCUCUACCCAACCAUUGAUCGCCACAACACAACCCACCCCACCCAUUUGGCUUCUUCCCUACCCUUCAUCCCUUUUCCUUCUUUUCUCAAACAAAACCCCCAAUUUCAGCCGGCCGUCGUCUCAGCGAUUUGGAUGAAGAAGUAGACUGAGUAAGCAGAGGAGCAAAUGGGUUUGAUCAGUAAUCGAGUAGAGAGAAGCGCAAUCAAACCAGGCGACCACAUUUACACUUACAGAGCUGUUUUCGCCUACUCCCAUCAUGGAAUCUUUGUAGGGGGAAGCAAGGUGGUGCAUUUUAGGCCUCAGAGAAACUUGAAUUCAAGCACCGACACACCUCCUGAGUUCUAUGAUUCAAGUUCAAGCAAUCCAUCAUCCUGUCCAAUCUUCCCUGACUGUGGGUUUAGACAGCCAAACAGCGGGGUAGUCCUUUCUUGUCUGGACUGCUUCCUGAGGAAUGGAUCCCUCUACUGCUUUGAGUAUGGAGUCACCCCGUCAGUUUUCCUCUCCAGGGUAAGGGGUGGGACAUGCACCACGGCAACAUCCGACUCAUUUGAUAUGGUCAUUCACCGAGCCAUGUAUCUUCUUCAAAAUGGAUUUGGUAACUACAAUGUGUUCCAAAACAACUGUGAGGACUUUGCUCUGUACUGCAAAACGGGUGUUCUGAUAGAGGACAGGCUUGGGGUUGGAAUAAGUGGCCAAGCUUCUUCUGUCGUAGGUGCUCCAUUAGCUGCCAUUCUUUCCUCUCCUCUGAAGUUACUUAUGCCAAGCCCUGUAGGCAUGGCUGUGAUGACUGCUGGAAUGUACAGCAUGAGUAGAUACGCCACUGACAUUGGUGUUCGAACUGAUGUGGUCAAGGUGGCCGUGGAACACUUGCCACUUCUUAAUCUCAAGUCAUUGAGCACAGAAGAAGAAGAUGAAGAUGAUGAAGAAGAAGAUGAAGAUGAUGAAGAAGAAGAUGAAGAUGAUGAAGAAGAAGAAGAUGAAGAUGAUGAAGAAGAAGCCUCCACCUAGAAAUGCUGGAGGCCAGGUGACAUCAACUCCAUUUUCUGGUCCAUGCAGCAACAGAUCACACGAGUACAUUUAUAGUGGUUUGUUUUGUCUAUUCCUAUUUUACUUAUUAAACUAAGUUUGGAUGACUAGUUUCGGGUUCUUAAUUACAAUAUAUUUCACUUUACUUGUAAUGUAAAAUUUUAAAAAAACACUUAUCC